AUGCAGUCAGGCCCCAAAAUAUUGUUCAAUUGGGUGCGAUCAUGCUUUGCAUGUAUUCCAACCCCGAGGCGUUCUUGGUCUAGUCGUUGGACACCAGACAAAAGACCGACAGCGCUUUAUUCGUCAACUAAGACUAUUACUGCCAGCAAUGGGCAAGAUACGGUUGCAAAUGAUCCAACCUCAACUGCAAGCUGGCCUAGUACACCAGACACAGGGCCGACUUCUCUCUAUCCAUCGAUAGAAGCCACCGAUGCCAAAAAUGGCCAAGAUCUGGUUGCUAAUGAUCCAACCUUAAUUGCAAAAACUCUUCUUCCUGAGAAGCUAUCUGGAAUCAUCGCUGUACAUGCUUUCUACUCGACUUCGAAUGGUGUUCAUGGCCACAAGGCACUUGUCGCAACCCAGUCAGAUACUGUGAUGCUCUUACAGCGAGUGGAUCUUGACGCGCUUCUUUCACACGGGCGCAUCAUGAAUCAACUGCAAAAUAUUGUUGGUGGACAGGCUUUCAAAGAGUUGUUGGAGUUUCAGGAGAAGCGUAUGGAUAUCCUUGAGCCUGUUUAUUGCGGUAUCCUACCAGAUGAUUUGCCAAUCGGAGUAGGCGAAGAGCUUUCGUUAGAGAAGUGUUCUCCAACGCUUUUUGCCCAUGUCAACAACUGUAUUCAUAUCUAG